AUCGGCCCCCCAAACAAGAUCCAGCAACGUGCUGUCCCCUUCCUCCUCCGGGGAAACGACAUCAUCGCCCAAGCACCCCCUACACAGGAACGUAUUGCUGCAUACGUGAUUCCCGCUAUCCAGAUCUGCCUCAACACCCUCGCCCAGCGGCUCCCGACACGCGGGCCGACAGUACUCAUCGUCUGCACCACCGUGGACCAAGCGAACCAAGGGCACAAGAUGCUGAGGGACCUU